AAUCUAUGAACGAACAACGUGGUCCACGUCGGCUACGUGGACCGGUUGUAUAGCUUUCUGUUUUCGAAAUAAUUUAUCCGUCAUCAGUUGACAGAAAUUCUUUUCUCCGACAAGAAGCUAACAGACGUGUUAGCGUUUUUAUUUUAUUAACAACUAACUUUAGUCACUUAAAAGUUUAAUAAUUAUUAGUCAUGAAGUCAUUUAUAGUGCUAUUUUUAUCACUUUCAGUAGUAUUUGCUGAAACUUGUCAAAAACCAGAGGUUGUUGCCUCGGCUUAUGUUACUGAAGAUGCCACAGUUUUAACUAAUGUCGCAUUUACGACACAAUUCACGUUAAAAUGCAGUAAUGGAGUAAAAGGAAUUUCUCUUUACGCCGAAGUUAAUGGCAAAGCAUUGCCUGCUGUAAAAUUGAGCGCAGAUAAUAAAUAUCAGGUAUCCUGGACGGAAGAUAUUAAAAAAGUUCACUCAGGGGAUUACAAUGUAAAACUCUACGACGAGGAAGGAUACUCUGCCAUUCGUAAAGCUUACAGAAAUGCAGAAGAUCCAAGCAGUGUGAAGCCAUUGGUAGUUGUGGUAGUUAACAAUCCAGGAGUUUAUCUUGGACCCUGGAUAAAUUCUGAAUUAUUAGCUGUCAUUUUAGCAGCUCUUGUUUCAUAUGUAGCAUUUUCCGCAAAAUCUAAACUUCUAGCGUAAAAAAUUAUUUAAGUAAUUUAUGAACUGUAAUAUAAGUUGUUUUUUUUUUAAAUAAAUUUACAUUUUCUUUAGUGAAAA